GCGACCUGAACGCACGCGAAAUCAGCAAGAAAAAUCCGUUAAUUGAUACACACAGCGCUGUUUUUUUUUUAGCGCGAGUCGAUUCUCUAUAGGCAUACAAUAUAAGACCGAUUUUCUAUGAGUAGCAUAUUUUAAAAAUUAUGUAUGUAUGUACAUUUGAAAGUUUGCACUCGGUAUUUAGAUUACAGCGCACAGCAUCGGUGUAUAUAGGCCUGCGCGAUUACUCAUCCGCGGUACAUUCCCCACUUGAGUAUACUUAUCUCCCCAAAGCAAUAUUAGUAUAGGCCUAUGCGCGCGCGAUUAUCUCUCCUCUCGGGUCGACUUGAAUUCGUUCUCAUUCUCUAAUUUUACCAUAAUUCGAGAACACAGUUCGUAAUAUAAUAAUUCUGCUACACACUUGGCUUGCAAAAUAUACAACUGAUGUAAACUCGCGCUUAUUCAUUUUUUGCUGCGUCCUGCGUCAUAAUCGUAAUAUAACAACACAGCGAGAGUAUAGAGCCUGAAUCAGCUGAUUGGACGCCGCACACAAAGAUCGAGUGUCAGUGACGUUUUUUCCCAGCGUAAGCGAGAGUUCGUCGCAAUGUACUUACUCCCGAAAGUGAACGUAAAGAAGAACAAUAGUGUGCUGCAGGGUGCAGUAGCGUGAGAUGAACCAGUGUCUCGGAAGCAACAACACACAAAGUCAUACGAGUCGAUGCUACUGGAGAGGCCGAUGAUAGUCCACGAGCAUGGCACACAUUGUAACUGUGGACGGAGUCCCCGUUGAACUGACCAAAGAGCAGCCUGCCAUUUGGUCAGGAUGGAAGGGACUUGGGGACAGAGAGAUUGUCAGGGAGGCUUCCGCCAAAGGAACCCACAUAAACUUGGCUUACAAGUUUCUCGAGACUCGGAGGCACUGCUCUCUGCAGGAGGCUAAAGAUUAUUUCUCAAGUGAAGUUGAAAUCUGGGUAACCAGUCUGCUGAAGAAGAAACAAGUUCACAGAGCAUCGCACAUUCUGAACAAUGUGGGAAAAGUACCUAUAGAUUAUAUUCGUACAGUCUGUUUGACAUGCAAAGAACCAGCGCUGAGAGACUAUUUAGCUAGACAUGUAGAAUCCUCUUUUAAUGCUGAAGAAAGAGAAGCUUGGAAUAUGAUCAAUUUAAUUGCCAAAUAUGAAGAGACAUUUCAACUCGAAAAUGAUUUGAUCUCACACAAGUGCCUUGAAGAGAUAAUAAAUUUACCAACUAGUAUUAAAGAUGCACUGUAUACAGAGCUCUAUUUCAAUUAUUAUGAACCAAAUAUUGUUGCUUAUUUGAAGAGUCAAGUAGUUUGGGACUACCUAUUAACUAAUAAUAAAUUAGAAUUGAUCAAGUUCUGGAUCGAUAUCAAUUUUGGUGAUGCAAACAAUUCGACCCUCAACAAUGCAGAGUUUAGAAGUAAUAUUCAGUUAUUAUUUACAAAUUUAAAAAUUACAAACGAAAUGAUAGCAUUCAUAGAGUCAUCGAAUGGAAUGCCUCCUAUAAGCAAUUUGGUCCUCAAUUAUUUAAGCAGAUAUGGAAUAUUUACAACCAAAGAACGUAAUGACGUGAAAUUAAUCUUGACAAGACUUUUUGGAGAAUGUAUUUCUCUGAAUGAUUUUGAAAAAAUCCUAGCCAAGCCAUUGUGCAAUAUUGACAAACAAAAUUUCCUUUUAAGACUAGAUGUUGUUGGACUCUCCAGAAAUUACUAUAAAGAUAAUGAAAUUCAGAAUAUUGAUUUGAAGAACAAAAAACUCUACGACUGUUUAAAAGAGAUGUGCAAUACAACAAAUAACCAUAAACAGCUUUUAGAACUUGGAAUAAUUGAAACUGUCAACUAUCUUUCUGAUAAUUUUGUUCAAUUUCUAAAGCAAAAUCCAAUUCUUUCAUUUACAUUAAUUUUUCUUCACUAUUCAGAGUGCAUGGCCAUUUUUAAAGAUACCACUUUGAAGGAAAUGUUUAGCAAUGACACAGGAUUAGUAACUAGUAGGCUAACAUUACCAAAAGAUAUUCUUGAUUCUGUGAUAUUUCAUUUGCCGUAUCUAAAAAGUGAGAUAGAUCCAAAAAUGACAAAAAGUAAUAUCACAAUGUAUCAACUUCUGGAUGGAUAUAAACAAUUUAACUCUACUAAAUUAUUCAAAUGGCGAUUAAGGAAUGGGACUAUGCCAGACUUUUUAAACGAAAAUCUGGUCAACAAAUUCGGACAUAAGGAGAAAUUAACUUACAUAAAUUAUUUAAAAGAAGCUAGGCCACACAUGGCAGCAAAUAUUCUUCGUCUUCAACAAGAACAAUUAGGUGGUAAAAUAUCAGCAAAAGCGAAAUCUCAAGCUUCACUUUGUGCACACGUUUUUGCAUUAAGGCAUCCCAAAGAAUUAGAAGUUAUCAGCGGUUGUAUUUCGUUCUUAGAAAUUCUUGGAAUUAAUUCGGAAAAUCUAAGACUUCACAUUACGGUUGCCCAACUUGUCCGAAAAGAAUUAAAUAUUUCUAUUGAGAACCUACUAGAAUCAGUUAUUUACAACAAUCAUCAAGACUUAAAGCAAGUUUUGAAUUAUUUAGAGACGAGUUUUCAUUCUCGUUUAGAUAUGCAAAUGAUCAAUAACAAUGAAGAAUUUAUUCAAGCUCUUUGUACAUGGGAUGUAAUAGUGAGAUUUGCAAGAAUGCAUAAUACGUCUUUACCAACAUCUUUAUUAAAGUUUUUAGCAUCUCAUGAUGCUUGGUUUGAAUUCAUUUUAGUUGGACACAUUUUUGGAUAUCCGAUAAAUCAGAUUACAGAAUGUGUGCAAAAUUUUGAUAGUAUUAGCUUGAAAGAACACUUGCUGUUAUCUUUAAACAAUCCUCAGUUAUUAAGACAAAGUUUAUCAAACGGGAAUCAUAAGUUAAAAAAUGAGAAAAUCAGAGAAAGGGAUUCCCGUCAAACGUUGUACAAUGAAAUCGGCGUCAAAUAUAGCACUUCCCCACAGUCAAGUCCACCGCUGUAUUGUAAUGAAACUGGCUUGGCUACAAAGCAUAACACUAUUUCAACCAGUCAGAGUUCAAUAAUAAGCUCAUCUGCAUUUAUAGAUGAUUUAUGGCUGAUCAUUCUGAAGUGUCACCAAAGUCAAGAUCCACCCGGAACUUUGUUGAACGCUUCUCGAACUUUUAAAUAUCCGAUUCUUACUGUUUUAGCCACUUGCUAUGAGCCUUCUUCAAUGUCAUCUUACUGCUAUUCAUGGCUUGUUAUAUCAGCUGAUAAUGCUCCUUUUGUCAAAGAUUACGGAGAGUGUUUAGAAAAUCAAAUUUGGUCAGCAAGCACCGUUUUAAAUUUAUUCCACAAUAUGGUUUUACAUGGAUUGGUCAACACUCUUUUUCGAGGAUUACAAAUAUUUUUGCCUGAAAAUCCUUUAAAGUCAUUUUUUGAAUUUCUCGUGAACUGCAUAGAAUAUGGAAAUUUUAAGGAUUGUGAGCAAUACUUGGAUAAUUUUAUAACAGAUUGCUCAAAUUACAGAAGCAAUAAAAUGAUAAAUUGGGAAUGCAGUGAUGCGUCUUAUUUGGAUAAUGCUUAUUGGAUUCAGACGGUUGUUGUAAAAUGCAUCAUCAUAACUUUGGGAAGUGCGUUAAGUAGCACUCGUGCGCAAAUGGAAUUACUGGAUGCAUUGAUAAAAUCGCAAUUUCACAAAAAAUUGAUAGAAGCUCCAAACUUUGAAUCUUUGCUCGAGUAUACAAAAAUACUUUCCGAAACCAGCGUUACUUUGAAUUUUUACUGUUUUGAUACAACCGUAAAAAUACACGAGUCCGAGGCAGAAAUCGAAAAAUGCAUUAACGAAUUAGUGCAGUUGGAAGAUUAUACGAAUGCUUUGCGUUUAUCGAAGGCUGCAAACUUGAAAGCUUCAAAAAUUAUACUUGCCCAAUAUCGUAGCGAAUUUAAACAAAACGACGACAAAGAUGGGAUAGUGGACUCAACUUUUUGGAGUCGUUGCGCUUCCGAUUUUAAGAAAUAUCAAGUAUGCUAUGAAAAAGCUGCGGAAUUUUUCGUUGAGCACGCAGAAAAAGUAAAAUCAUACAAAGAAAGAUCAGAAAUUCUAAAGCUGGCUUUAGAAAUACUGGAACAAAAUUCCAGCGAUCGACAAAUUUGUGAUACCGUAGAAAUGGCCAUGUGGAAAUCUUGUAUAUUAGCUGGCCCUGAAAAUAUAGAAUUAAGGACUAUAAAUGGCGUUUUCAAGAAAUUAAAGACUGAGCUUUUGUCUAGCGUAAGCGGGCUGCAAGUAUCUUGUUCGCUCAGAGAGCCUGAAGAAAAGAGUGCCGUUCAAGUUUUAAUAGGCCGUUUAUUGGAUGCCGGUAGAUUAGAAACGGCGCUGAGAAUUUGUGCAAUUUUUACUUGUAGAAAUAGAGAUUUGCAAGUGCUGAUGUUGUGCUCAAGUCUAGCGGAGGGUGAGAUUUCGCCUUAUCAACUAACCGUGCAACAACGAGCGUUACUUUCCGAGGCAGACAAACCAAGACAGAGAAGCAGUAGAUUAUCAAGUCGAGGAAUCCAACGACUGCCUUCGUCAUCUUCGCUAAAUUUAUCGUCUACGAGUGCCAAUCCGAGUAAUAUUUCUGAAGCGACGAAUGCAACACUCAUCGUAGAGAAACAAGAACAAUCAGAUUGCUUGUCUUUGUUGACGAACUUGGUAGAAACUCUUAAUCACGGAGUUGAUAUUGGAGUGAGAAUUCUUGAGUGUUAUCAACUGGCUGUUCAACUGGGAAAGAGCUAUCAAGUACUUUUGACAUUGAGCAAACCUAUGCAAUUGUUGCAAGAAAUCGUGAGCAGUCCAUGUGAUAGAAAACUUGAAAUAGCUCGCGAUAUUAUUACUACUUAUCAGAUAGAAAAUCAAACAAUAGCUCACUUUUUGGCUGAAGAGAUCGUAGCUCACAUUACGCAAGUGAUUGAAGAUGAUUUAAAUGAGCCCACAACGGCCUGGAAUUACAAUAUGAAUUUACAAUCUGUGAUAGAUCUUUGCAAGGAUUCGUCUCUGCUUGGUUUAAAACUCCUUGAUAUGGCACAUAAAUUACUCGGCCAUUCUUAUGGGGAGAAAAGAAAUCUUGUUACAUUAAAAAUCAUCGUCGAACUUUUGAUUCGCUCUCACGAUUGCUUUACAGCUUCGUGCAAUAUGGAAGGCAUUGCCUCGGUUUUAAGAAAAUGUCAACAACUUGCAAAUUCUCUCCAAAAUUUGAAGCACUGGAGUUUGCUAGUUCGUUUGGUUACUGGAGUCGGUCGAUUCACAGAAAUGAACUACAUCUUUCAAAUCCUCAAGGAAAACGAUCAGUUUGAAUUUUUACUCGGCAGGGGAUUGGAUAAGGUUCCUGGAUUAAGAAUGGCUCUUUUGGAUUUUCUUAAACGAAAUUGCCCAGAAGAUAAGGAUUUGUUCAACAUCGUAGCAUUGCACUUCCGUCUUUAUUAUGAAAUAGCGCUCAUGUGGGACAACGAAGCAAAGCAAGUCAUAAAUGAGCUAGUCAACGAAGCUAAGAAAGAGUGCGGACGGACGUUGUAUAAUCCACAAGUAGAAAUCAAGUUUACGAGAAAUGAACCAACAGAGAAAAGACUGCAAUUGGUGAUUGCCAAUUUCACCCACGCGACUCAAUAUUUCCUUCAGGAUAACAAGUUGAAUUUGGCUAAUCGUUGUUCGCAUCAAGCUCAAUUGGUUGCUCUUCAAAUUUCCCUGUCAAGUGCUGCUGGACAAAACCAGCAAUUUCCUUGUAUCCUGAACUUGACCAGCGAUGAGAUAAAUAAGGCUAUAAGCCGUCAUUUGAACUUUUCGCAGGCUCUGAUCUUGGCACGUGCAUACGAUCAUCACGUCGACUGGGCGAAUGCCAUUUACACUCACUGUUUGCUCAACGGCGAAACCAAGUACCUGAAGGACUUUGUGAUUUCAAAGCGACUGACAGCUUCGGUAGCGAUAGACUGUGCCCGCAGGUAUAGACUUGAGAAAAGUGUUAGCAAAUCCAUGACGGAAAACAUGCAGACACUUGUUGCCAGGCUCAACGAUAACGAAUGCAAAUACGUAUUGGCGAGUCAGCUUGGAUUCAGGAAUAUAAUCCAAGAGAUGAUAGACGAUCCAGCAGUCGGAGCUUUCCUGAAAGAUACGGUAUUCAGAAAAAGAUACGUGGCAACGGAAUUCACUGGUGAGAGUUUUUUGGCCAAGGAAUGAACUCGUAUCGUCAUUUUCUUGGCGUAUAAAAAGGUGUAAUUACAAGUUGGUUAGUUUUUACCAAUUUCUGCUCAAGUUGUCAAUAACACGAGUUUAAAAGAACUUUUAUAUCAAACGUUUUCUUCCAAGAAAUAUGAAUCAUCCGAUCGAAUGCGAAACAAAGGUAUUUCAAAAGUGAUAAACAAUUAGAUUUAAUGAAUUUCUUUUCAACCGUAAAAUUGUAAAAUACUCGUUCGAAAUUUUGUAUAUAAAUAUUAUCAUUCCAUGAAUUGAAGCAAAUUCAUAGAUAAUACCUAGAUUUUUAUAUAUCUAAAAUGUGAAAGAAUUGCAGUAUUUUUCUUAUAUUCGUUUAUUGUAUUUACUUUUUUAUGCGACGGAACUGUUACACAAUAAUAAAAUGAGAAUAUACUAUUUUUAAA